GCUGAGACGUUCACCACAUACCCAUUGUUAAGUCCCCAGCCCGAACUUGAAUUUCGAGUGAAAUUUGGAGCUGUGAAAGGUGUGUGGAUCAUGGGCUUCUUGCCGAUGAUGUACGCAUCACUCUCUCUGCUGCUACUAGGUUCACUAGGAAAGCUAAUGGUGCUAGCAUCUGGAGUUGUAACAAGCCACAACCCAGAAGGGAAUUGGGCACAUCCAUCACUUGCCACACUUGAUGGUUGCCCCAAGAGCUGUGGCAAUCUGAGCUUCGACUACCCCUUUGGCAUGAGAUCAAGGUGCUCUCGGGAUCCUGACUUCAACCUCAUUUGCAAUGACACUGCUCAGCCUCCCAGGCUCUUCUUGUGCGACGGAAUCACCGAGGUGAUCGACAACAUCGUUGUUGGUAGCGGUGGGGAUUACUACCACACUCACAAAAGCAUUUACACCUCCUUCUGGCGUACCAUCCCCAUGAAAUCUGGUGUCCAUGUCUACUACUUGUCUUUCCAACCUCCUGGUAGAUCCUUCAGCCGUGGGGAAACCAUUCUGAACAUCACUGGUUGCGACCUGGAUGUGUAUUGGGUCAACAACAACACACACAGAACAACAUGGAUCUGUACGACUGUGUGCCCGGACCAAGUUAUCACAGAGACCAUGGCUAGGCUCAAGUGCAGUGGCAUUGGAUGUUGCAGUUUUCCUGUCACUGGCCUGCUUCCUGAUGCUUUUCAACUCAAAUUUGUCCACCACCACGGCAAAACUAGCACUGGAACACGCUCAAACCAGACCUCUAUGCUGUGGGAUAGAAUCAGCAUAAGUGAUGGUGGCGGCGGCACAGUUUUGCGGAAUAUAGUGGAUCAACAAAAUUGUGCUAGCGCCAUGCGAAACAGGACAAGGUAUGCUUGUAUCGGCAAGCAUUCCUUGUGCGGCGACCAUAGCGUGACAUCAACUGACGGCUACAACUGCAUCUGCAGUGCCGGCUAUGCAGGCAACCCCUUCAUUCAAGAUGGCUAUUCCAGAGACAAAGGGUAUAAUCCAAUUCCGAGCAGAGCUAAUUGUACCCGUUGGUGUGGUAACAUUAGUGUGCCGUACCCAUUCGGCUUAGAAGAGGGUUGCUUUGCCAGGGAAGAAUUCCAGCUCAACUGUACAAAUAUGGCAUCAUCAGCUGUCCUAAUGUUUGGGCUUGACCAGGUUAUGGACCUGAAUGUUUACCAAGGGACCAUUAAGUCCAUCUGGCCUGACCAACAAGGUGCAUCAUUUUACCACAUAUUUAGCAGGCGUGCUCUUUUUGUUGGAUAUGGCUACUUCUAUUCUAUGCAGUGGGUUGCAGCUAAUCUAAGUUGCAUAGAGGCCCAACAGAAUAUAUCUGGUUAUGCUUGUGUAAGUACCAACAGCAAGUGUGUAGCAGUAGAUGGUGAAUGGAGCUACAUUGGGUACCGCUGUAAAUGCUCGGAUGGUUUCCGAGGAAAUCCAUACACCCAAAGUGGUUGUCAAGAUAUUGAUGAAUGCCUUCAAGCAAACAUUUGUAAAGGGAUAUGCCAUAAUAUUGAAGGAAGCUUCUAUUGUACUGAAUGUCCUCACAAGACCGAGUACGAUCUACACAAAAUGCAGUGUACAACAACAAAACAACAUAUUCUGCUUUCAGGUAUUAUCAUUGGGUUAUCUGGUGGCUUCAGCAUUCUAGCUCUGAGUUUUGGUACAGUAUUUCUCAUUCGUAUAUGGAAAAGAAAUGUUCAACGACAACUACGGAAGAAUUAUUUUCGGAAUAACCAAGGUCUUCUCCUAGAAACAUUGAUAUCAUCUGAUGAAAGUGCAAAUGACAAAACAAAGAUUUUCUCAUUGGAAGAGCUAGAGAAAGCAACAGACAACUUUGAUACGGCCCGCAUCAUUGGCUCUGGGGGCCAUGGCAUGGUUUAUAAAGGCAUGUUAUCUGAUCAACGUGUGGUUGCAAUAAAAAAGUCUAAGGUCAUUGAAAAGGCUGAGAUCACUCAAUUCAUCAAUGAGGUCUCUAUCCUCUCACAAGUAAAUCAUAGAAACAUUGUGAAGCUCUUCGGGUGUUGUCUGAAAACUGAGGUUCCACUGCUCGUGUAUGAAUAUAUAUCUUGUGGCUCACUGUCUCAAGUCUUAAAUGCUGACUCAAGCACUAGUUUUUCUUUGUCCUGGGAUGAUUACUUAAGGAUUGCCAUGGAAACAGCAGGAGCACUAUCUUAUCUCCACUCAGCGGCUUCAAUAUCAAUCUUCCAUCGUGAUGUGAAAUCGUCAAACAUACUCCUGGAUGGGAACUACAGAGUUAAAGUUUCAGAUUUUGGUGCUUCUAGAUUGGUUCCAGUUGAUCAAACACACAUUGUUACAAAUGUGCAAGGUACAUUUGGGUACUUAGAUCCAGAGUACUUCCAUACCAGGCAGUUAAAUGAGAAGAGUGACGUGUAUAGUUUUGGUGUGGUACUAGUGGAGUUGCUUCUUAGAAUGAAGCCUAUUAUCAGGAGUGAAUCAGGCACAAUGCAGAACUUGUCACACUACUUUAUCAGGGCAUUGAAUGAGGGAGGGAUCGCGGACAUACUGAACUCUCAAGUCCUUGAGGAAGCAACUAAGGAAGAGAUCAUCGAUGUUGCCAGUCUUGCAGAGUUGUGCUUAAGACUGCGUGGUGAAGAAAGACCCACCAUGAAACAAGUUGAGGUUGAGUUGCAGAUAUUACGAACAAGAAGGGCAAACUCAUGUCAAGCGAAUGUAAUAAAUGAAGAACAAACACAACCAAUGUUGUUAAAUCGAGGAGUUAAAGAUGCUUUCCAGUCGUCAGCCACGUUAGUGGAUUGCAGAUACAACUUAGAGUCAAGAGACAGCCAAGGUUGCUACGACCUGCAGGAAGAGUUCAUGGCAUCAGCUAGUCUAGCACGCUAGAUGCGUUCAGUGAAUUUUAUAGUUGAUGAUUGAUUAUAUAUUUUCUUUUGUGAGCUCGCAACUGGGAUUG